CGUCAUCCCCGUGCGCCACGUCCACCUCCUGACAUUCAAAUGACAGUUUUCUCUGCCAACGCGAGUAGUUGAAGAAUAAACCGCCCGCCAUGCAAAGAGCCGCGCACACAGCUCCGCGCGCGUGGUCUCAGAUCGUCGGUCCGGCGACGACCCGCCAGUGUUUAAAAUGCAGAGCGUCCCUGCGGCCGAGCACGCGCGCUUACGGCGUGCUCCCGCCGCCGCGCGACGGCGAGGAGAAGGACAUGCUGGACCGAAUACUGCGCGUGGACCAUGCGGGUGAAUACGGCGCCAACCGCAUCUACGCCGGCCAGAUGGCGGUGUUGGGUCGAUCCAGAGUCGGACCUCUCAUACAGGAAAUGUGGGAUCAAGAAAAGAAGCACCUCGAGAAAUUCAACGAAAUUCUCGCUGAGAACAGAGUUCGGCCUACAGCACUGUUACCCCUCUGGAAUAUCGCUGGAUUUGCAUUAGGGGCAUCCAGUGCACUGCUGGGAAAAGAGGGGGCCAUGGCCUGCACUGUGGCAGUGGAGGAGAGUAUCUCAGAGCACUACAACAGCCAGAUAAGAGCUUUGAUGGAAAAGGACCCAGAGAGAUACAUUGAACUUUUAAAUGUUAUAAAGGAAUUCAGAGACGAUGAAAUGGAACAUCAUGACACAGGACUGGCGCACGAUGCUGAAACUCUACCUGGAUACUGGCUACUAAAAAAUGCAAUACAGCUCGGCUGCAGAGCUGCUAUAUAUGUAUCACAACGUGUCUAAUUGUCUCUCAAAUGUUUGUUUUGGUAUCUUGACUCAAGUCAUUGUAAAUGAGUUGUACUUUUGCCAGAUUAAGAGAAUUGUAUACAAACAUUCAGUUAUGUACAUGAACCGAAAUUGUUUUGCUUUGUACAAUAUAUAAUUCUGAAUGACGAAGAUGACCCUCCCUGAUUUAAAUUACUAUAAAUUUCUAUGCUGA